UACUUUGAAGGACAAGCAAACAAACAAGAAACAUCACGACUCCCAAGUCUACCGAAACUCCAAUUCUGUAACUCCACCUGUUAUCUAUUGCCGUCUUGCGCCAUCGGACGACGCCAAUUUCUCUCUCUCCCUCCCUGCCUCUCUCUGUGCUCUGGAUGGAGGUGCGAGCUUCCUCAGCGAGCACCCCCUCCUCCCCGGUACACCCCGAUUCAAAACCCUAGUUUGGCCCAACUCAUAGCUUCACCUCCGAAGGCCGGACCAGACCGGGCAGGAUGUGGAGCAUAGCCAGGUCUGCGGAGGCCAUGUUCUCCCGCUGGGCCGUGAAGCGCGUGUGCAAGUUCUUUCUGAAGAAGAAACUAGGGCAGUUCAUUCUCGGGGACAUCGAUCUCGACCAGCUCGAUGUGCAGCUUGGCGCCGGCACCAUCCAGCUCUCUGAUCUCGCGCUCAAUGUGGAUUAUAUCAACCAGAAGUUUGGAACAUCUUCAGCAGUGAUUAUGAAAGAAGGAUCAAUUGGUUAUUUAUUAGCUAAGAUGCCCUGGAAUGGUAAAGGUUGUCAAAUUGAGGUAGAUGAACUUGAGGUUGUUCUUGCUCCUCGUGUGGGGAAAAAAUCACAUGUGGAGGCUGAAAGUUCAAGGCAAGGUGGUAAUUGCUGUAUUAGUCAUGAAUUGGGAGCACUUGAACAUGAAAUGGAUCAUGCUACAACAUCUGCUUCGGUUGAUGUUCAUGAAGGAGUAAAGACGAUUGCCAAGCUGGUGAAAUGGUUACUCACAAGCUUCCAUGUAAAAAUAAAAAGGCUAAUUGUUGCCUUGGAUCCCUGUUUAGAGAAUGAUGAAAAGAAAACAAAGUCUCAUAUGACUUUGGUCCUUCGAAUUACUGAAACAGAAUGUGGCACAUGUAUUUCUGAAGAUGUUAUCAGUGAUGAAAAGGUUGAGAACUUUCUUGGCAUAAGUAGGCUAACAAACUUUGUCAAAUUCCGAGGGGCAAUACUCGAACUUCUUCAGAUGGAUGGCACUGUCAAUAAAACUUUUCUUCCAAACCCAAGUGCUUCAGGGUCAACCUUUGGUGAAUGGCUUUCAGAGUGCUGUCCGUUAGCUACAUCAAUUCCAAUUUUGUCUGGAGAACAUGAUGGAUUUUCUGGUACACUAAAAUUGAGUAUUCCUUGGAGAAAUGGCUCCUUAGAUGUCUGCAAAGUGGAUUCAGAAGUGUAUAUUGAUCCAGUAGAACUAAAAUUACAACCGAGAACUAUAAAAUGGUUGUUAUUGGUAUAUGAAUCUCUUAAAACUGUGGGCAGUGAUGGCACAUGUCAUACGCAUUACAGCACAAUGGACUCUGUUUACUAUAAUUCGGCAUCUCACUUUCAUUCAUCAACCUCAGGGUCUUCGGUGAUUGCUACUGAUAAGGUCUUACCAGAUAGUGGAAGUUCGUCUGUGGAUCUGUCUUCUCCCAGGGCUCUAGGAACUGGAACAAGUACUUUGCUUCCUGGGUCAAAUCUUAUCAUUGAUUGGGUACCAUUUUCUGAUAAAAUUCAAAAGGAUAAAGCGGAAGAAGGAGAUUUUGGGGCAAGCUUAGAUCAAUUUUUUGAGUGCUUUGAUGAAAUGAGGAGUUCCCAAUCAGCACUAGGUAGUAGUGGGAUAUGGAACUGGACGAGUUCUGUUUUCAGUGCAAUAACAGCUGCUUCCAGUCUUGCUUCUGGGUCUCUGCAUAUUACAUCUGAACAGCAGCAUGUUCAGACAAAUUUUAAAGCAACUGUUGCAGGAGUUUCUGUUGUCCUUACUUUUGAUGAUGGAAAUAUGAAGCAAUCAUAUGUUCAGGAGGGUGAUCAGAUUCAUUUUGGGUCAAAUUUUCGUUUUUUGGGUGCAAAAUGCCAAGACAUCAUUCUUGUUUUACAGCAGGUAUGUCCUCAAGAAAUGAAAGUUGAAGCUUUGGUUAAGCAUAUUGAGCUUGCUGAUCAUUUCAAUAAUGGGAAUGAAGGCUUGGAUUUUGGAUUGAGUGGUAUUAAUAGUGGUUUCCAUAACACGACGUCAUUGGUCCAGCAUCUGCAAGCUGAGAUUCAAGGUGCUCUCCCUCCAUUUGCCUCUUUUACUGAAGAUUCUUCUUUAGUAAAUUCGAAAGGGUUAGCUGUGCCAGAUCUUCCUUCUGGUCUAACUUCCACAGUUGAUUGCAUGAGCAAAACUGAUUGUGAAAGUAUUAAGAAGGAUAGUUUGGUUAAGGUUAAACUUCUUACGGCUCCAGGUGUCAGUUGUCUUCGAUGUUCUGUGAAUUCAAGUUCUUCCAAUGGCAUUUCAACAGGAUCAAUUUCUUUUUCAUUGGAGCUGCCACCAUUUGUUCUAUGGGUAAACCUUAAUUUGGUAAAUAUGUUAUUGGAUCUAUUAAAGGACAUAGGAAGUUCCUCUGAGAUGAUUAAUUCGUGUGAUGGUUUUGCUUCUGAGGCUAGUAAUGUGAAACAUCCUUCUUCAUGUCACGGGAAUGGGAAAAGAGAUUCUCAGACAUGUAUUACAAACUCAUCUUCAAAAGAGAGGCUGAGAGGUAACAUAAACCUUCCUAAUGCAAGGGUCAUUUUAUGUUUUCCUUUCAAGAAUGGUAGAAAUUUUAGAAGCUACUCUGCUUGGGAUCACUUUAUUGCGUUCAAUCUUUCCUCACCGUUUACUUUGAGUGAGAAAAAAGUUCAAGGUUUGAGCCCCAUUUCAGAUGUUACUUCUCAGAAGAGAUAUUCUUUAAGAGCUUUCCGUUCCUUGCAUUUGAAUGUUGGCAACCUUGACCUUUUCCUUGUAAGUGCUAAUCGGAAGGAUGAUGGUGAAAGUAACUUCUGCGCCUUGCAGGGAAGGAAAUUUUCUGCUCACAACAUUCUGUCUGUUGCCAAUGAAACUGGUGCAUCUUCUCUGAUUAGUAUGAUUUGGCAAGAAAGCCCUGUGCUUGAGCCUUUAUUGGCAAAGAAAGCUAAGGAUAUAGCUGCUUCAGGGAAUUUGAGUAGAAAUAAAGUCACUGGAAAAGGUUAUGAGUUUGCAUCAGUUGCUACUGUUAAAGAUGUGGAAGAUUCAAAGUUCUGCUUGCGGAAAGAGAUGAUUCAGGGCUCUGAAUUUUUCCUACAUGUCCAUUUACCACCUGUUACGGUCAAUUUUGAUAGUUCACAGUGUAAACAAUUAUAUGGUCUUAUAAAUCAGUUUAUAGAUGGGUUAUGUGUACCAAGUAAUCCGCUCAAUACUGUGGAAGACUCUGUUGUCUCCCAAACAUCAUUUCUAGUGGAGUCUGAUUCCGUUCAAAUAUUAAUUUAUCCAGAUUUGGCAAAGGAUAUAAAAGGCUCUUUGCAGAAUGAACUUCCUGGCUUGUGGUAUUGUCUAAAACUGAAAAUUCAGAAGUUUGAGCUGCUGUCUGUCUCCAAUAUUGGAGGAAUUAUGGGUGCAAAUUUUCUUUGGGUAGGACAUGGGGAAGGCAAAUUGUGGGGAUUAAUAACGGGGGUUCCUGAUAAAGAGCUCCUUCUGAUCUCAUGCAGCAACUCGACAAUGAGACGUGGUGAUGGAGGAGGUUCAAAUGCAUUGUCUUAUGGGCAUGCUGGUUCUGAUAUUAUACACCUGUGGGAUCCUGAGAGUUCUAACAUUUCCACAUCUGUAACUGUCAGAUGUGGCACAAUUGUUGCAAUAGGAGGUCGCUUAGAUUGGUUGGAUACAAUAUCUUCUUUCUUCAGUUCAGUCUCUGCUGAAAGUGAUCAAGUAAAUGACAGCAAUUUGCAAAAGAGGGAUUCUGAGGAAAGUGCUAUUUUUGGAGCUUCUUUCGUUCUCAACUUGGUAGAUGUUGGUUUGAGUUAUGAACCCUACUUAAGGCAUCUGUCUUUCAGCGGUGAAGUUUCUGAUUCUAACUCCAGUUCUGAUGUCCAAGAAGAAAUGGACAGACAUGUUGCCUGUCUUUUAGCUGCUUCGUCCUUGAACCUUUCUAAUCUAGCCAUGGCAGAUUCCACUGGCAAUGACUAUAGAAUUGGGGUGCAGGACCUGGGGCUGCUUCUUUCUGUGGUCUUCAGGCCUGAAAAUGUUUUUGUUGGCUCAUAUAGUGUAGAAAAUCUUCAGAAAAAUGGCUAUGUUAAAGUUGCUGGGGAGGCUUUUGUUGGAGCAACUUUGAGAACAAACUGCGUAAACGGCCUUCUUUGGGAACUGGAAUGUUCUGAAUCUCUCACACACUUUGUCCUUGACACUUGCCAUGACACUACUUCUGGUUUGAUUCGGUUGGUUGCUCAACUUCAACAACUUUUUGCACCUGAUGUGGAGGAAUCAAUUGUGCACUUGCAGGCUAGGUGGAAUAAUGUUCAGCAGGCACAAGAAAAGAAUAACCUUAAUGAUGAAGGAAGGGUCUCAAAUUGUGGUUCUUCUCCCUCAGCUUCUCAUGCAUCCACUUCAACUGGUUACACAGAGAAUAAACCUGUUGUGUUUGGCUUGAUGGAUGAGAUAUGUGAGAAUGCUUUUUACUGUGAUGGAGAUCAAAUUCCUGCUUCUGAUUCCUGUGAGUCGGAGUGCAUUUCACUUGAUGGAAGGGUUCUUGGAGAGGCAUGCAAUGUUAGUACUAGGGCUGAAGUUUUCUCCCAGAGUAGUCAAACUUCAUUUCUAGAAACAGGUUGCAUUCCAGAAAUUAUAGAAAGUUAUUACAGACCGGAAUUAUGCUUGCCACUUUCUACAACCAACAAAUUGUCAGAUGAGGUUUUUAAAUUUAAAUCCAACACUGUGCAGAGUAGAGAUGUUAGGAGAGAAAAUAGUGGAUGGUAUGGGGACACCUCCUUGAGAAUUGUGGAAAACCAUAUAUCAGAAGUCAGAGAGCCAAAUGGUGUAAAACAAUUUGUAGAAGGCAAGCUGUCAUCUGAAGACUGUAUAAAACCUGAAGAUUUUCAGAGGGCUAGGGGACGGGUACUGCUUAAGAACAUUAAUGUCAGAUGGAGAAUGUAUGCUGGAUCUGACUGGCUUGAUUUGGGGAAGAUGCAGGCAGCUAGUAUUCAUGGCAGGGAUACAACUGUAUGUCUAGAGCUGGCAUUAUUUGGGAUGAACCUUCAGUAUGACAUUUUCCCCGAGGAUCAAAUUAGUGUGUCUAAAAUUUCUCUUUCAGUUAAGGAUGUCCAUCUUUAUGACAAUAGCAAGGAUGCACCUUGGAAACUGGUGCUAGGAUAUUAUGAUUCUAAAGAACAUCCUCGAGAAUCCUCUUCAAAAGCAUUCAAGCUGGACUUAGAGGCUAUUAGGCCAGAUCCAUUAACCCCUCUUGAGGAGUAUCGAUUACGCGUUGCUUUUCUUCCUAUGCUGUUGCAUCUUCAUCAGGUGCAACUUGAUUUUCUCAUUGAUUUCUUUGGGGGAAAAAACUCGGCAGUACAAUCUUCUAGCCUUCCUCAAGAUUUUGGUGGGUCGAAAAUGUCACAAACAAAGUGUAGUAAUUUUGGGCAUACUAUCACAGAUGAGGCAUUGCUUCCUUAUUUUCAGAAAUUUGAUAUAUGCCCCAUACUCAUUCGGAUUGAUUACACUCCCUCCCAUGUUGAUUUGGCAGCAUUAAGAGGCGGGAAAUAUGUAGAACUUGUUAACCUAGUUCCCUGGAAGGGGAUUGAACUACAGCUAAAACAUGUUCAUGCUGUUGGUGUGUAUGGCUGGGGCAGCAUUUUUGAAACCAUAGUAGGUGAAUGGUUAGAAGAUAUUUCUCAGAAUCAGAUUCAUAAGCUGCUGCAAGGCCUUCCAACCAUUCGAUCGUUGGUUGCUGUCAGUUCUGGUGCUGCAAAGCUGGUUUCUUUGCCUGUUAAAAGCUACAGGAAGGACCGCAGAUUACUCAAGGGAAUGCAAAGAGGCACAAUUGCAUUUCUUCGAAGUAUUUCUCUUGAAGCUGUUGGAUUGGGAUUACAUUUGGCAGCAGGAGCUCAUGACAUUUUGCUUCAAGCAGAAUGUAUUCUAGCAAGCAUUCCUCCAACUGUGUCAUGGCCAGUAACAAGCAGAAUAAAAACAGAUGUGAGAUAUAAUCAGCCUAAAGAUGCUCAACAAGGACUCCAACAGGCUUGUGAGAGUCUCAGUGAUGGCCUGGGAAGAUCAGCUUCUGCUUUAGUUCAAGCACCCUUGAAAUCAUAUCAGCGUGGUGCUGGUGCAGGAUCUGCUUUGGCAACUGCUGUUCGGGCUGCUCCGGCUGCUGCUAUUGCUCCAGCUUCUGCUGCUGCAGGUGCUGUACAUUUUGCUCUUCUUGGUGUCAGAAACAGCCUUGAUCCUGAGCAUAAGAGAGAGUCCAUUGAGAAAUAUUUGGGUCCCGCUCAGCCUUGGGAACAAAGUUAAUGGUUCAUUAGCCUGUAUAGCAUUUGUUAUUUGCAUUUAGUUGAAAUUUCUCUGGCGUUGGCAACCUGAAUUUUUCUGUGAACGAUUCCUCCCUUGUCUGUUUCACACGUUUUGUGAUGUUAAAAGAGUGUCCAGGGGAGUGGAAUCAUGACUGAAAUAUUGAAGAGUUGUUGCUUCCCUUGAGAAAGAAAAGAAGGCAAAAAGAACUACUGAAGAGCCUUUUCUGGUUGCCGAGUUGGAGCUUCCUGUAAAAAUGUGAGUUUAACCUUGCCUGACUUCUGUACAUUAGUGUAUGCAUUGGCUAAGUUAUUGGAGAACAUAUCUUAUCUAGUAGUUGUGGGACAGGCUGCUGUUGUUAUAUUCAUAAAUGCAAAAAGGAGAAGGGGAAAAAAAAUCAUACAAAUAGGGGGAAAAAUCCCUUGGUUAUAUUUGUGGCUUCUUAACUGUUAUUUUGAAACUGUUAAUGGCACUAGUAACUUGUCAAGGAAAAUAAUAAUGCCAUAAAGUAGUAAUAGCAGCUGAUAUUCUAGAUAUAGAUAGUGUGUAUAGUGUGUGUUGUUUUUGAAUAUUAUUUUGGUGACAUCAGAUUAUUUUUGAAAAUUAGAUCCUUAAUAUGGUAAUUGAAAGUAUGGGUAACAAAAGUCACCACCUUUUAUAAUGCCCGUAGCUGCCUAUACAUCACAACCUCUUGAGUCAACAUCAUUAAGUAGGCCUUGCAUAAUGAUGCCUUGAAAAUCAUCUUGAUUCCUUCUGAUUGAGCUGCUUGUUUUAUUAUUGUCAUUCUACUGUUACCAUUCCCAAAUUCUUUUGAAAGCUGAACGUUCAAUGCAUUUUGAUUGAUUGCAGAUGUACAAUUCCAAGAAUUAUUGAACAGAUUCUUUUCCGUCUCAGCAAAGAGGACGGUGUUCUGCAACCCUGUACAUAGUGUACAUAGGAAUCACUCCAGAUAUGUCACUCGAAUAGAUGAGCCUUGUAAUUAUAUUGAUUUGGUAGGCCUUUGUAACUUAUCCUUACAAACAGAUUGGUAGUGUAGUCAUUUUUUUUAGAAGCCUCCAUUAUAAUGUAUGCUGCUUGUUUGUUGUACAAAAUUUAUCAGUGUUUCUUGAUAGCCAUUCUUCUGUGGUCAUAUUUUCCUUGUUAUUUUGUAAAAUCUUACGGGGAUAAUGUGACGUUGCUGAUUAGUUACUGGAAUGUUUUCACUGUUUGCUUCGGAAA